AUGCAGAAGCCUUUGCUGCUGCUGCUGGCCUUAGCAUCUAUUAGCUGCGCCUACACCAGCUGCUUCUUGCUGCCAACGACGCUGCAGCAGCAGCAACAGCAGCAGCAACAGCAGCAGCUGCUGCUACUCCGGCCUUCCGUACCUGCAGCACUGCGGCCUCGAGUCAUGACAAGCUCAAGGACCCCAGCAGCGCCGACAGCUGCAGCAGCAGCAGCAGCAGCAGCAGAUGGUGCUGCUGCAGUUGGCGUCCCUGCAGCGGCAAACUGCAACAUAUCAGGCGCCUCUACAAGCACAGCAGCAGCAGCAGCAGCAGCAGCAGCAGCAGCAGACACAGAGAAUCAAGACGCUGCCCCUACAGCGUCGGACGCAGCAGCCGAGCCAGCUGCAGCAGCAGCACCAGAUGCAGCAGCAGCACCAGCUGCAGCAGCAGCAGCAGCGAAAGGGCUGCUCAGGAGAUACGCGGCCUGCAAGAGCUGGAAGCGCAACAAGGCGGAAGUCAUCGAAAAAUGGAUGCGCGAGAACAAUCUGCCCUUUGUGGCUCUGGACAAAGUCCCCCCAGCAGCUUGGGGCUUCAUGGACUUUGAAAGCAAGGAGCAGCUGGCAGCAUUUGAGCGGGCGACGGAGAGGCUGCCGUUUAGAGGCAACUUAAUAUACCUGCACAAGGCCAGGUCUCGCAGCAAUAAGCAGCAGCAGCAGCAGCAGCAGCAGCAGCAGCAGGAGCAGCAGCAGCAGGAACAAGAGGAGCAGCAGCAGCAGCAGCAGGAGGGCAAGGCAGACAGGAAGCAAAGCAAAGCUCCAGACAGCGAAGGGCCUCCGCCGAAGAGGCGGCAGACACAGGCCGGCAACGCGCGGCCAGCAGCAGCAGCAGCAGCAGCAGCAGCAGCAGCAGCAGCAGCAGCAGCAGCAGCAGCAGCAGGGGAUGACCCCGGCACUGCUGCUGCUAAGGCAGGCACAACGGAGUGCGACUUUGCGCAGCAGCAAAAGCCGCUGCCAGCUUUGCUGCACUUAAUUAACAACAAACCCCACCUAACUGCAGCAGCAUCCAUAGAACACCGCGUUGCGCCCCUCCACGGGUAUGCUGCUGCUGCUGCUGCUGCUGCUGCUGCUGUUGUUGUUGUUGCUGCUGCUGUUGCUGCUGUUGCUGCUGCUGCUGUUGCUGCUGUUGUUGCUGCUGCUGUUGUUGGCGUCGCAGUCGUCGUUCUUGGUUCGGUGGGGUCGGCUGCUGCUCAUUCUGGAUGUGAACAAUGCGCGCAGCAGCAGCAGCAGCAGCAGCAGCAGCAACAGCAGCAGCAGCAGCAGCAGCAGGAUCUGCGCACUUUUUCUGCUUCUGUUCUUCUGCUUUCAGCUUCUCAUAUUACGACCAACUCAAAAUGA